AUGGAUAUUGAAAAAACUAAAAUGAGAGCAAGAGAAACUGUAUUUUGGCCAAGCAUUUACAAAAAAAUUGAAGAUUUAGUAAAGUCGUGUGAAACAUGUCUGGAAUACACAAAAAAACAAACUAAGGAGUUAAUGAUUUCAAGUGAAAUACCAAAUCACUCGUUUCAAAUUGUGGGAACUGACUUAUUUCACUGGAAUAAUCAGGAUUUUAUAAUAGUGGUCGAUUAUUAUAGUCGUUAUUGGGAAAUCAAAAGGUUACAUAACAUUCAAUCUCAAACGGUGAUAAAGAAACUAAAAAUGAUCUUUUCUAGACUUGGUAUACCGCAGAUAGUACGGAGCGACAACGGCACACAAUUUAAAUCUUCAGAAUUCCAAAAAAUCAGUAAAGAGUGGAAGUUUAAACAUAUAACUAGUAGCCCUCAGUAUCAACAAUCAAAUGGAAUGGCUGAGAGACUUGUGCAAAUAGCAAAAAAUUUGCUAACCAAAGCAAAUAGGUCGAAUCAAUAUCUGUACAUAGCUCUACAAGAGGUAAAAAACACUCCUGUUGACGGUCUUGCACCAGCUGCUCAGCUCAUCAGUGGAAGAAGAUUGAGAUCAACACUUCCUACUUCUCUGUAA